GAACUGCGACAACACCAGGAUCAGUCGGAUUUUGCGCGUAUACAUACGCGGUGUGACAAACAAAUAAUUAAUAUACAUAAACAAUUAUUAUUUCACAAUAUUUCCGCGUUGAGUUCCUUCUCCUCUGUCAAUCUGAAAGAUGGAUAUUAGGAUCCUCACACUGCUUGUCCUGAUCGGUGUCCUAGGAUCCUUCACGGAAGCCCGAUCAGCCUACUUCGGUUAUCCGAAUAUUAGAAAUGAAGGACUACGCGCCAUUUUCGCCGCACCGACCAGGUUGAAGCGAGCAGUCGACUCGAAUGGUGAGACUACCACUACCAGUCAAGCGACUACAACGACUACCCCCUCAACUACCCCCGACUCAACAACAGAUCCUACGACUACCGAACCCACGACAACCGAACCUCCUACAACCACUGAUCCACCCACAGAUCCAACCACCACACCUGCCACCACCACGACAGAAGCCACAUCACCCACGACAGAAGCCACAUCACCCACCACAGAAGCCACGUCACCCACCACAGAAGCCACGUCACCCAGCACUACCCCGACAACUACCGGCACUACACCUUCGUCCACUUCCGCUACCACUCCUGCGACCACGACCUCCGCCACGACUCCUGAGUCUAGCACAACUCCAGAGAGCACGAAACCGACAUCCAAACCGGAGAAACCGAAGGAAGACGUUCUAUCACGUUCGGAUUUCGAUGACUCCAAUAAGCCCGAAGACUCCACUGAGAAACCUGGACCAUCGUCUGAGGGCAACAAAACGCCAGCUCCUGGACCGUACGGUUACCCAAGUUUCCCCUAUACGCCGUUCGGUCAGUUUGGUCCAGGUUUCGAUCCCUAUUUCGGUUACCCCGGAUUCAACUCUAUACCAGGUUCCGGUCCGAACUACGCGUGGACCGGCAUGAGCGGCGGGCCAGGGUACUCGGCCGCAGGCGCGUCGGCUGGUGCCUCCACCGGCACUUUUGGAUAUCCAGGAAUGGGGUAUCCUAUGACUGGGAAUCCUAUGACAGGAUUCCCCAGCGCGGGAUCACCGACUGUCGAUAGUCGAGGAGGAUUUCAGGAUAACUCAGCAAACUCACCAAACCUGAACGGAUAUCCCGGAUAUGGUUCUGGCGGAAUAGAUCCAUUGUAUAACGGACCUGGAUUCUAUUUCCCAGGACAGUUUCCUAACUACAACGAUCCUUACGAAAUGUUCAGACAGAUACAGUCGCAGAUCGAGGCGCAGCACAGGGCAAUCGCCCAAAAUAUGGCUAUUCUCCAAGCUUCCAUCGCAAACCAAGGGCGACCGUACGUACCAAAUGUUUCGAACGACCCUUACAUUUCAUCGGAUAUGAACAAUUUGGGGGUUCGAGGAAAGUACAAUGACGCUGCUUAUCAAAAUUCAUACCACUCACGUUUUGGUAAUAGCAAUAUGGAAUUCCAUAAUCGUUUGGCAAGUGAAGCUGCCAAUUAUGACGGGGCACAGCUUGCAAGCGCCAGCAUUGGCGUAGGUCCAACUGGUGGAUUCCAGGCUGGUCAGAUCAGUCCUGCCGCUCCAGGGAUAGAGUCUAGAUUCGCCGAGGAGCUUCCACCACCGUCUGGUAACAGCUACGGAGUGUUCGCUAGUUCCAGUUCUUCCAGCAUGACCGGACCAGAUGGCAAACAGAUCAAUCAUAAGAUAUCGACCACUGGCGUUAAUGAUAACGGACAGAUUUCCUUCCGCACGGUGCAUGAUAAAUAAAAUUGCGCCCUUGAUCGAGCUUGUUUUUCUCGACUAUUAACUAUUAUUAAUCUGUGUGCUAUGUUAAUGUUACAACGACGAGAAUGAAUUUCCAUGAUCGAGAGUUAAAGUCCACGACUUAGAAUCUCAGGCUCAAGUUCAAUAAAUAUCUUCCUAAGACAACUUUACAAUAGUCAGCCUUUUGUUAGAGAUAAUAGAUUCUUCUUAUAAAAAUUUCUUUUCAUUGUUUUCUUGUUUGAUUUGAUUUUUAUCAAUUUUCUUGUAUUUGUUGAUUAUAUUAACAGAACUUGAUUAUGAUUAUCCGUUUACGGGCACGAAUUCGCUUGUGAUAUGUAAAAGGCUCGGUAACUGUUUGUAUUGACAUUACAAUCCACUCGAGCAAUAACUCAGCCAAGUACAAUAUUUGACAACCAUGCUGCAUUUAACUAUCUCGUUUAUUUGCUUAAUUAUGUGAAAUGUGUAAACAGUAGUAUAUUUACUAUGCAUAAAUGAAAUUCAUAAUGCUU